GCUCCCACGGUCUGGAGCUCAGCCGAUCCUGGUCCAGUCAUGGCUCUGCGGGUCGAUACCAAGCUCCUCCUCAGUAUCCUCGUCCUCUUCUGCUGCUGCACAGUUUGUGCUUGUCAGCUUCCUGUCAGCUGCUGCUUGUCCGCCUCCAACACCUGCUUGCCCCCCCGCGCCGUCGUGGACUACCGUCUUCAGGCCGCCGGUCACGGCUGCCGCAUCGAUGCCGUCGUCCUGGUGUCCAGACGAGGUUUGAGGUUGUGUGUCGCUAGCGAUGCUCCAAAGGUGGAGGAGGUGAUGAAACAUGUGGAUCACCUGAAGGAAACCUGCAACAACAACAACUACAAGGGCAAACGCUGCGUCGGAGUGAAGCACCCCAGCCAGGAUGGAAGCUGAAGCGAUAAAAACACGUCAGCGUCGCUCAUCACAUUAACUCUGAUUUUUUUUUUUUUACUUUAAAAAGCAUGAAUUUUCACAAUAAAACCUUACAGCUCUUCAC